AUGCCCGUCCCAGUGCAGUCUUACCAUCACUCCGACGGCAUUAAUGCCGUUCUGCUGGGACCUCCUGGCUCUGGAAAGGGCACACAGGCCCCGUUACUAGCAGAGAAAUACUGUGUCUGCCACUUGUCAACAGGUGACAUGUUGAGAGCUGUGAUUGCUUCUGGCAGUGAACUGGGGCAGCGUAUUAAGGGAGUGGUGGACUCCGGCCAGUUGGUCAGUGAUGAGCUCGUCCUGGAGCUGGUCAAUGAUAAUUUAAAUAAACCCGAGUGUAAGAAUGGCUUUUUGUUGGAUGGUUUUCCUCGCACAUUGGUACAAGCUGAAAAGUUGGACGAGUUGCUGGAUAAAAGAAAGAGCCCACUUGAUGUUGUGGUUGAAUUCGUCAUUGAUGACUCUCUGCUGCUGAGGAGAAUUACUGGCAGGUUGUUCCACAUUAAGAGUGGCCGGAGCUAUCAUGAGGAGUUCAACCCACCCAAGAAGCCUAUGACUGAUGAUAUAACUGGGGAGAAUCUAGUCAGAAGACAGGAUGACAAUGCAGAGGCCUUGAAGAAAAGACUGGAGGCCUACCACAAACAGACCAAACCACUGGUGGAUUACUAUGCCAAACAAGGCUUGCAUGCAGCAGUCGAUGCUUCUCAACCUCCAAAAGUAGUAUUUGCAGCCAUACAAUCAAUCUUCUCCGCAGCUACUUCUAAAGACCAGGUCAUGUUUAUUCGGAAUUAA